AUGUUCCUUUCGUCCGUGGCAACCCUUGUCCUCCUUGGCGGCGUUGUCUCUGCGCUACCAUCAGCUCCUGCUCCCCACGCCUGCGCGGCCGCGGUGGCUAAAUUCAAUGCAGAGCGGCGCGCGGCCCGGGGACUCGCCAAGCGCACCUUCUACCCGAAAAUGCUCAACCUGACAUGCGUAUUAUCACCCGAAAGCUCGUUGGCCUCGAGCUAUGUUGCCAAUUCACCUGUCCGUUCUGCACUCAACGUCGACAACUCUCCCGGCGUCGAGCUUAUCGUGGAUGUCGGCGUCAUGGACACGACGACGUGCAAGCCGCUACAAAACGCCAUGGUCGAACUCUGGGGUCCGAAUGCGGUCGGGCAGUACAGCAGCACCUCUCUUCGUGGCGCAACCAGCACCGGCUCCAAUGGCAUCGCCGAGUUCCAGACGAUCUUCCCCGGCGCUCCCGCCGGUGCCGCGAACCACCUCAACAUCCUUGUGCACCAAACGGGCUCGGAAUCCUCGUCUGUUGUCCACGUCGGCCAGCUGUUUUUCUAUGAUUCUUGGAACAAAUUUGUCGGGAUGUACACCAACUACAACAAGAACACCAACCUGCAGAUGCUCAAUGCGGAUGACCCCAACUAUGCGGCGGCCAGCAGGAAUGGCGUGGACCCGAUCAUCGAUACUGAGAGCAUCAACGACGACUGGCCAGAAGCGGGCACGUGGUCCCGGAAUCACACCUCUUCUCCUCCCCCUCAUCGUCCCCACUUGAAGAUGCGCGUCUAUGCGCUCACAUCCUCCGUCCUCGCCCUCCUACUCCGCUCCACGACCGUGCGCGCCGAUUCAGGGACAGGCUUAUACCCGCCCGGCCUACAGCCGCUCAUCACCAGGGCCAACGUCCUUCUGUCAAGCGGGCAGUUCAGCGAGGCGGCGCGGGUGUACUCAGAGGCCAUCGAGCAGUCUCCCGCGGACUACCUGCUUUACUACAAGCGCGGGACAGCGUAUCUCUCACUGGGGCGCCAUGGCUCCGCCCUCGACGAUUUCACCCAUGUCCUGACCCUCACACCGCUUCCGUCGGCCUAUCUGAUGCAGGCCCGCAUCCACACCAAGGAGGGCGAUUUUGCUGCGGCGAAGGCGGCGCUGAAGCUCUACAGUGGUGGCGAGAAGGAGACGCUAGAGCGGGAGGCCCUGUUAGGCGACAUUGCGGAAGGCGAAGCAGCCGCAAAACAAGCCAACCAGGAGCGGUCGGCGCAGCUCUGGAAUGCCUGUGUCGAGAACUCAAGCCGGGCUCUUCGGAUUUCGACUCACAGCUCUUCUGUGCGAAGUUUACGAGUCGAAUGCUCUCUUGGAGCCGGUGACAUCGAGGGUGCCGUUGGUGAUAUGAGCCGUUUGACAUCGCUUCUCCCUGAAUCGCAAACCCAGGAGCUCAAUGCUCUUAUUUUCCGUCUCGCCUUCUUCCUCCUUCCAGCCUCCCCUGUUGCGACCAACGCGCUAAAACAAUGCUUGCACUCAGACCCCGAAUCGCGGCUGUGUAUGCCUCUCCACCGACUGUCCAAGACCCUCGAGCGUGGUUUUGCCCUGCUCGAAGAUCAAACGAAUGCUGGCGACUGGCGUGGAGCGUUGGCAACUCUGAAAGGGACUGGGAAGAAGGGCGACAUAUACCGCAAAUUCCAAGAAGCCGCGACGGAGCAGCUCGCCGCUCAGCAUUUAGCGCUCUUCACGCUUGGGUCGGGCAAGAUCCGGUUGCCGAGUUGGGAAAAGACGUCGCCCAGACGGAGAACGCUUUUGCGAGCUCUCUGCAAGGGGCACACCAACCUGGAGCUGCAUCGAAAGGGCGAAGAAUGGUGUCAGAUGCUGUACAAUAUGGAGGAGGGUGACAAUGAUGCGGACGCGCUGAGAGGUUUGGGCGAGGCGUUAUUGGUUAAAGAGGAGUGGGAGGAUGCGGUUCGGAUGCUGGAGAGAGCUUUCGAGGCCACUGGGCGGUCCGACCGUGAUUUUGGCGGAAGACUGCAAACGGCACAACGACUUUUGAAGCAAAGUAAAGCGAAGGAUUACUACAAGGUCCUCGGUGUUUCUCGCGAUGCGGACCCCAAAACCAUCAAGAAGGCUUUCCGGAACGCGGCCAAAACCGCCCACCCUGACAAGGGUGGCUCUGAACAAAAGAUGGCCGCCCUGAACGAGGCGUAUGAGGUGCUUUCCGACCCAGAAUUGCGACAGCGUUUUGACAACGGGGAGGAUCCAAACGACCCCAUGGCAUCGCAGGGUGGCCACCCGUUCCAGCAGGGCGGGCAUCCGUUUGCGCAGUUCUUCCAGGGCGGCGGGUUCCCGGGGGGCGGGUUCCCAGGCGGCGGUGGAGGAGGCGGCUUCCAAUUCCACUUCAGUCAUGGCCAUUAG